AUGGCAUGGGUAGUAGAGCUAUCUCAGUAUGACUUGCAAUACAAUUCCAGGCAGGCAAUCAAAGCCCAAGCAAUAGCAGAUUUCCUGGUAGAAGUCACGAGGAAGGCACCCGACACACCAAGCACUUGGUGGAAGCUCCACGUUGACGGAGCAUCCAACCAAACGUUUGGAGGGGCUGGAAUCAUCCUCGAGAACUCGGCAGGGCAUGUCCCCAGAGAAAGAAAUGCCCGAGCAGACCUCCUCUCUAAGCUAGCGAGCACCAAACCUGGGACAGAAAACAGGUCUCUAAUCCAAGGGCUGGCAACUGAACCAGCAAUCAUCUUGUGCGCAACCCUGACACCGAGCCUCCCCUCAUGGAUAGACCUCAUCCUCCGAUACUUGGAACGCGGCGAAAUUCCCGAGAACGAGAAAGAAGCACAAGCCACCAGGAGGGAAGCUCCCAAGUAUGUGAUCAUACAAGGGCAGUUAUACAAACGAGGGCUCCACCAACCCCUACUCAAAUGCAUGCGCCCCGACCAAAUGGACUACGUCCUAAGUGAAGUACAUGAGGGGUGUUGCGGCCACCAUAUCAGAGGAAGGUCGUUAGCAAGAAAGCUCAUCUGGACAGGGUAUUAUUGGCCCACAAUAAUGUCGGACGCUCGGGAAUUCGUCAAAAAAUGCAAAAAAUGCCAAGAAAACACCAACUUCCACAAAGCUCCACCCGGAGAACUCAGUCUGAUGAUGACACCACGACCUUUUGCCCAAUGGGGAGUCGACCUCUUAGGGUCAUUCCCACCUGGGCCAGGACAAGUAAAAUACUUAAUAGUAGCAAUUGACUACUACACCAAAUGGGUAGAAGCCAAACCACUGGCUAACAUAUCUUCGGCUAAUUGUCAAAAGUUCAUGUGGAGGCAAGUAGUCACCAGAUUUGGAAUCUCAGAAUCUAUCAUAUCAGAUAAUCGGACGCAGUUCACCGACAAAAAGUUCAAAGAUUUCCUGUCAGGACUAGGAAUCAAGCAGAAGUUUUCCUCAGUCGAGCAUCCCCAGAGCAACGGCCAGAACCUCUUACCAAUCAUCUACUGGCAAAACCCCCUUCCGACUCACAUACGAGGUCGACGCAGUCAUCCCAGUCGAGAUCAGGGAGCCGAGUCCAAGGUUACUCCUAGGAGGGGAAACGAGGCAGUCAAAAAAGACCUGGUCGACGAGACAAAGCAGAUGGCACACCUGACAGAAAUAGCAAUCAAGCAAAGAAUAGCCCUAAGAUACAACAACAAAGUACUGAAGAGAAGCCUCGGGGAAGGCGACCUGGUCUUACGACGUAAUGACAUUGGACCGCCAACCCCGGGAGAAGGCAAGUUGGCAACGAAUUGGGCAGUACCUUACGGGGUAAGGAAAGUCCUCGGCAAGGGUGCCUACAAGCUAGAGAGGCUGGAUGGAAGUGAGGUACCAAGGACCUAG